ACUCAUUAACUUGAUCUAGAUCAAGCUUAUAAGUUGGAUUUCUGGAUUAGCUAUUUUAACACGGAUGGUAACGACAUAUGGAAAUGAAUUAAGGUUUCAAUUCUUGUCCAUUUUUCCGCUGCGCUUCCCUCUAAUUCUGCUUGUCGAAGUCAAGAAGAAAUACGAAAUAGAGAGUUGAACUUCUUGCUGACGUCCAUUAGGCUAAUUAAUCUUGCUUCAUAUGAAGCUUGUAUUAUUACGGUCUGGUCUUAUCUAGAGAAGAGCAGGUGUAAAUUGUGGUCAUGGGCGAGAGUGGAGAUGUCGAAGAAACUGCAUUGAACGCGGAGGAGGAGGAGCCAGUGGAGAUGCCGAAGAAGAAGAAACGAGGGCGUCCGAGAAAGAAUGUCGCGACGAGAGCACCAUGCAAUGAUCUUACGCCGGCAGCAAUUCCUUCCCCAAUUGCUUCUCGAACACCCGAUGAAGAGGUCAAAGCAGAUCACUUCAGCUUGGAAACCACGCCUCAUGUUUCCACCCCUUCGAAUUCAGAGCUGCCAAGUAGUGCAAUUACAACAUCAGGCCUGCCUUGCUCAUACCCCGACCCUUAUUCAAACACGGAUUCUGAUGUCAAAGUGGAAGAGGGAGGAGCUUUAGAAUAUCCACAAGUAAAGCGUCGGCGUGGACGCCCUCCCAAAUAUCAGAAAAUGAUAGAGAAGAAGUCUGGUGCAGCUAAGCAAAAAAUUCGAAGCUUGUCCAAGAAACAGCAGCAGAGCCGCGAGGAGGAAGAUUCUUGCAAUAGCGAUAAGGACGGACGAUCCCAAGUCAAGAAGCGAGGUCCAGGACGUCCUCCUGGUUCCGGAAAGAAAAAAUUUCUGAAGAGUGACUCGCCUUCAUCAACUGGAGGUGGAUCAGGUGUUCAUCGUCAAGCAUUACCCAUCGAGGCUCAGAUUCUACAUAUUCUUCCGGAAGAGGAUGUAGCAAAGGUGGUGACCGAUUUCUGUCAGAACGCUGGCCUUCCAAUGUGUGUGAUGUCUGCAAAUGGUGAGAUAUCCACUAUCCACUUCAAGAAUGAAGUGAAACCCCGAGACGUUAGCACCAUUCACCAGGGCCUGCGCGAGAUCAUUUCUAUGUCUGGAUGCGUCAUGCCUCUAGAUGGCGAAGGAGAUAAGAGGUGGAUUAGCAGAUUCACAGUCUUGCUCGCUGACAGUGAAGGUCGAAUCGUUGGAGGAGGUAUUUCAGACUCCAUGAUUGCCGCAUCCAAGGUGCAGGUGAUUCUCGGGAGCUAUCCUAUUGCGGAUGCACAAAAUCAUGAGGCUUCUGAUUAGCUUAGCACAAAGAACAGGUUGGGAAUCCGUAAAAGACAAUUUAGCACAUUACGUGCCUGCAGUUAGACUCAGUAGAUUACAUGCCUGAAAUGUAAGUAUAUGGUUAUGGCUUCGACACGAGGGUGACGAAUAAUUCAUAAUCACAACGGGAGAGACAUAUUAUAGCUGCACGCAUCUAAGACCCAGAUAUCACCAACACUGGUUCUCUUGCGACAGAAAAGUCAUGCUAACGUAUCUUUUCCGCAAUAUUGCUUUUCCAUCUACGAACGAGACAUUUGUCAUUCAUAUCUUUUUCUGUUCCCAAGGUGUAGACCUUGGGAAAGAAAGUCGGAUGUAGCCGGUUGUUAGACUUGAGUCACAUAAAGUAGAUGUGCACUGGAUUAUCAUAGAUUUGUAAGUUAGAAUUAGAGUGUUCGCAAUGCUUCACGACUCAGCAGGUGGAAACUGCCGCUUACAUGUACGCAGUGAAGUCUAUUUGAAUGCGAGGAAUACAGCAGAAGAUGCUAAAAUGAAAUUACAGUGGAUUCGGCUCGGACAACUGGACUAUUAUGAGUGAUCAACAGGAUCACUCAUGCGUCACGAUUCUUUCAUAACG